UAAGAACUCGGCAAUUCCCCUCCUGCCGCUUUGAUUUCGGGCACCUCCAGCAGAUAAUUGGGAAGGGUUUCCAGAAGGUGGGAAAUGUCACCUGAUUCACACUGAACUUUUAAAAGCUCCCCACCCCCAAGGAGCGGCGCACACCCGCGCUAGCGGCCGCCCUCCCGCUGCCCCACACCCUGGGAGACCGCCCACCGCACACCGAGGAGACCCCCGUCCAGAUUUAAAGCGCGGCUGCGCCCGGCUCCUGACGUCCAUUGAAUCGCGCGGCGGCCGGCGGCGAGCGCAGGGCUGCGCCGGGAUCGCUGCGCCCUCCGCCGCCCGCCUCUGCGCCCGCCCGGGCCACCGCCGCUCCUCGCCCCGCGCCUGCCCCACGAUGGGCCGCUCCCGGCACCAGCCCGGCGGGCUCUGCCUCCUGCUGCUGCUGCUCUGCCAGUUCAUGGAGGACCGAAGCGCCCAGGCUGGGAACUGCUGGCUCCGCCAAGCCAAAAACGGCCGCUGCCAGGUCCUGUACAAGACCGAGCUGAGCAAGGAGGAAUGCUGCAGCACCGGCCGCCUGAGCACCUCGUGGACCGAGGAGGAUGUCAAUGACAACACGCUCUUCAAGUGGAUGAUUUUCAACGGGGGCGCCCCCAACUGCAUCCCCUGUCAAGAAACGUGCGAAAACGUAGACUGUGGCCCCGGGAGAAAAUGCCGGAUGAACAAGAAAAACAAACCCCGCUGCGUCUGCGCCCCAGAUUGCUCCAACAUCACCUGGAAAGGCCCCGUCUGUGGGCUGGACGGGAAAACCUACCGCAAUGAGUGUGCGCUCCUCAAGGCCAGGUGCAAAGAGCAGCCCGAGCUGGAAGUCCAGUACCAGGGCAAAUGCAAAAAGACCUGCCGGGACGUCCUCUGCCCGGGCAGCUCCACGUGCGUGGUGGACCAGACCAACAACGCCUACUGUGUGACGUGUAACCGCAUCUGCCCCGAGCCCGCCUCCUCGGAGCAGUAUCUCUGCGGCAACGACGGCGUGACCUACUCCAGUGCCUGCCACCUGCGGAAGGCCACCUGCCUGCUGGGCAGGUCCAUCGGACUAGCCUACGAGGGAAAGUGUGUCAAAGCAAAGUCCUGUGAAGACAUCCAGUGCAGCGGCGGGAAAAAGUGCCUGUGGGACUUCAAGGUGGGCAGGGGCCGGUGCUCCCAGUGCGGGGAGCUGUGCCCAGAGGGCAAGUCCGAGGAGCCGGUCUGCGCCAGCGACAACGCCACCUACGCCAGCGAGUGCGCCAUGAGGGAGGCCGCGUGCUCCUCCGGCGUGCUGCUGGAGGUGAAGCACUCCGGGUCCUGCAACUGAAUCUGCCCGUAAAACCUGAGCCAUUGAGUCUUCAGAACUUUCUGCAGUUUUUGACUUCAUAGAUUAUUUUUUUUAAGUUUUUAAAAACAUUGCGUAACAGCAGAUGCCAAAAACCAAAAAAAAAAAAAAAAGCAUCUCACUGCAAGUCACGUAAAACUGCAACGCCGUGACGUGGCGGUGUCAGAGGGCUUUGAAAACAUGCGCUGAGCUGCUUCCGCGCUGUCGUUGUCCGUGUUUAAACAGCGGCUCCCCUGUGUUCCCCAUCUAGCCAUUUCGGAAGACACCGAGGAAGAGGAGGAAGAUGAAGACCAGGACUACAGCUUUCCUAUAUCUUCCAUUCUAGAGUGGUAAACCCUCCACCCGUGUUCAGUGCUGGCAUAGCCUUUGGGCAAAAAAAAAAAAAAGAAAAGGAAAGGAAAGAAAAGAAAAGAGGAAAGAAAAAUAUAUAUUGUCCAUACUGUAAAUAAGUGUAUGCUUAUUUAUUUGGGGGGAAAAGUAUACAUAAAGGACCUUUGCCCUAAAGCUCUCUCCCAGGCCACUUGUUGCCCAUUGGACACGGAGAGGCAGUCCUGUGAGGUCCACUGGAUGAGGCGCAUAGUUGAGACUUGUAGACCUUUAUUUAUACUGUGUCAUGUUUUAUAAUUUAUACAUAAAAUGUCUGGUUGACUGUACACCUUGUUUUUUGAAGAAAUUUAUUCGUGAAAGGAAGAGCAGUUGUUAUUUAUUGUGAGGUCUCUUGCUUGUAAAGUUAAAGCUUUUUUUUUUCCUUGUAAACCAUCGAAGUCCAUUCCUGACCACUCACACACACCCGUGCCCCUCCCUGCGCUCUUGUCGGACCCCCUUCCACCCGAACAGACUCACUCGCAUGUCAGUUUGUCGUGUUUAUUUAUUGGAUUCUCUGCUGCCUGUUCUGCCCGCGCACACGUGUGUGCACACACGCUCCCUCGGGUUUUGUUUACAAGGAAUCUUGGCUGACCAAAAGGCAUUGCGACUGACCCAGCGAGGGUACAGAGGACCCAGCUUUGAGGGAGCUCCUGCCUCGGUUCUCUUGGGCUGAUGCGGACCUCCGGGACAGGGAGGCAACAGCAGUGUCAGGCUUCUAGUGAGGGACCCCUAAGAUGUGACGAGAUCCGAGGGGGGCUGGGGGACCGCGGCGGCAGGCUGAAGGCAGGGGCCCUGCACGCCCCGCCUGCCCUUGGGCGUUCCCUCCCAGCUGGUCUCCUGUACCUUUGACCUGAGUUCCUCUUCAACCCCUGCGUCACUCAAAGUUAUAGCGGAGCUUUAUCAGUUCAAGUUUCUUGCUUUCCAUGAUACGUUCUUCUGAUGCAAUUUUAUAUUUUCAAAACAUGGCAAGUUAAAUAUAAAUUCAUUUAAAUAUAUAGUUUUGUACUUUUCUACCAUGUAAAUGUGCAAUGUAUAUAAAAGUUAUAAUGUGUAUUUGUAAAUAAAUGAUGAGUGAAAAAAUAAAAAAAUUUUAAAAAGCC